CACAGAAGAAGAAGAAGAAGUAGUAGAAGAAGAAGAAGAAGAAGAAGAGGCGCGCUCAGUGUCUGAAUUUGAAUCACACAGAGAAGCUGCACGCAUCCAGUUGCACCACAAUGGCUCAAGGUCAUAAGUUUCAGGACCUGGAAGAGACGGGGAAAGUGUUGGUGGACUUCAUCAACAGCAGCCAGCCGAAGAUACUGAGACGAGUGAGAGAUGAACACCAGGCUCUUUUUGAUCAACACGUAGAAACAAAAAAGAUUGUGACACAGAUUUUAAAAGAUGUGGCUCAGAUUGAGGAGAGUGCAGGUCAAAGGCUGCUGGACAUGGAGGAGGAGAAGAAGCAAAGGGAGCAGGAGCUUGAGAGCCUGGAGGAGCAGCUGAGGCAGUGCACAGCCAAGAGCCAGAUGACUGACUCAGAACUACAAUUUCUGCAGAGAGAGUUGGAGAAUCUGAGAAACACCGAACACGAGCUGGAGACUCUUCAGAGCGAGGUGGAAGAAGACACGACUGAGGUCAUCCCCUCAGCAGUAUACGUGGCUCAGCUGUACUACGUAAUUUCCAAGAUCAAGUGGGAAUACGACACACAGCCCAACAUCUUAAGAGGAGUGCACUACGGUGCCGACCUGGCGACGCCCAUCAACAUCGACACCUCGCUGCGUUCUCGGAAUGAUGUAAGCGACCAGCUGUGGGGCUUUGUCAGCACUGAGUGGUAGAUGGAGGGCGGUGGUGGUGUCAGAAAUGUGCACAUUGUUUUUGUUUGUCUUUAUAUUUGUUUGUCUUCUUCUGUUCUUUACAACAUUUACACUGUUUUAUGAUUAAAUAUGUCAGACCUUAUUCCUUUCGUAGUUCUGUAUUUAUAUCUCAGCAACACAGACUCAUCUGCAGAGCGGCCACUAGACGGCGCUGCAGAGCUGUUUUUAAUAUGCCCACAUGGUUUCCUUUUAAUCACACAAACUCAGAUGAGACAUUGCAAAGAGAUGAGCUGUUUUUAAAAGCAGAGUUUUUGUUAUAGUUUCAUAUUUUGGUUACAAAAUGAGCAGAAUCCAUUAGCUUAUGAAAACUGUGAGACACUGUCGAAAGCUUUAUUAGAGGCCUGUAUGCGUGUGGAUUAGUCAGACUAGUUUCACUAUAGUUUAGGCCUGUGGUUCCCAACUUUGUUUUGUCUGAUGAACCUCCACCCAAGAUCAUGAAAGUCCUGGAAAUGUUAUGAUAAUAGAAAAGCUAGAAAUGGUUUGGAAUUGACAGAAUGUUUUAGAAAAGUCUUAAGUAUACAUUUGCUUUGGCUGUUGUUUAAAAAAUGUUCAUGAAAAUCCCAACACAUGUUGAAUGUUACACAGAAUAUGUUCCUAGUGUCACUGAUUUAUAAUCUAGUGCUGCACCGUGACUGUUGAAACGUCUCCAGUAUCACAUGAUGUUCACAGUCUGGACCAGUGUUGCGUCAUUGCCAAGGUCACGCCGCCUUUUGGGGGAAAGAGAAAAAUGUCACAUAGAAUGUUAACCUAACUUUCUACUCUGAGAUUUGAGACACUUAAGACACGUGAAUAUUUACUGUCAGUGUGGUGAAUAUGUAAAUGAUGCUGGUGACAGUUUCUACUCAUGGGUAGCUAACGUUAACUUGAGUGGGAGGCUCAUACCGCAGAGCUUAGUCUCAGCCACGAUGAAACAGUUGGCUGUUAACAGGUUACUUCACUAUAUAAACUAUACAAGAAAUAUCUGCCCACUGUGUUUGGUCACGUCUGUCUGUGGUGAAAUUCAACACGUUAUUCUGUUUAUUCUAUUCUACAUAAUAUGGUCUUAAUAAUUUUAACAUUUAAAAAUCUAUUUGUGUAAAGAUAAUAUGGACAGGGAGUACUGGUGGUUGCUUUGUACACAGCUGAAUGCUUCCAAUAAUAAGAUGGGUUUUGAACGAGCUACUCUCUACCAGUGGUUCUCCUCAGUCAUUAGUUCAAGGUCCACACAAUUUAAUAUAUUCAGUUCAGAACCGGUUAGCUGUCUCUGACAAGUAGCUGUCCAUUUGUCACUCACUCUACAGCAGGAAAUGGCACUUCAAAAUAAAAGCUCUGUACUGGAAAUUUGCUUCACUUGAGAAAUACAGUGUGUUUUUUACAAUCUUGA